CCCAUCAUCCAACGUCAUCUCGUCACCCCCUGUACAGUCGUCCUGUCCCUCCACAUCUCUCCUCGAUCUUGUGUCUUGCAGAGAUCAGCAGAGACGACAACACUCGCGAGAUGACUCAAGUUGAAGAGCAAACCUUGGAGAAAACACCAACAUGGGCAGUUGCUGUUGUCUGCUUCGUCUUGCUCGCUAUUUCCAUUGCCAUUGAACAUCUUAUCCAUGUUGUUGGACAUUGGUUCAAGAAGAAAAACAAAAGGGCUCUUUAUGAAGCGCUAGAAAAGGUUAAAGGAGAGCUGAUGCUGCUGGGGUUCAUAUCACUACUGCUGACGGUGUUUCAAGACACCAUUGCCGGUAUCUGCAUAUCAGAACAAGUUGCUGCCACUUGGCAUCCUUGUGCUGUUCCGAAGACGAAUCAAGCCCAAUCUGAUUCUGAGGAUUCUGACGACACCAAUUCUCGCAAGCUUCUCCAGUUUCUUGACCCCUCACCCCGACGAGUUCUCGCCACAAAAGGAUACGAUAAAUGCGCCGACAAGGGCAAACGUGCUUUUGUUUCUGCUUAUGGCAUCCACCAACUUCAUAUAUUCAUCUUUGUGCUGGCCAUUUUUCAUGUCCUUCAGUGUAUCAUCACGCUUACUUUGGGCAGAACUAAGAUGAAAAAAUGGAAGACCUGGGAAGAUGAAACCAAGACCCUUCAAUAUCAAUUCUAUAACGAUCCUGAGAGGUUCAGGUUUACGAGGGAGACGACAUUUGGAAGAAGGCAUAUGAAUAUCUGGACUCGUUCUCCCAUUUCACUGUGGAUUGUCUGCUUCUUUAGACAGUUCUUCGGAUCAGUUACAAAGGUUGAUUACAUGGCACUAAGGCAUGGAUUUAUCAUUGCUCAUUUGGCCCCCGGAAGCGAAUCAAAAUUCGAUUUCCAGAAGUACAUUAAUAGAUCACUUGAGGAGGACUUCAAAGUUGUGGUGGGAAUAAGUCCCAUCAUAUGGUUUUCCGCAGUGCUGUUCCUGCUGACAAACACCAACGGAUGGCAUGCUCAUUUGUGGCUUCCAUUUAUCCCAUUGAUUAUAAUCUUACUGGUUGGCGCCAAGCUUCAAAUGAUUAUAACAAAGAUGGCAUUGAGGAUUCAAGAAAGGGGGGAUGUGGUGAAGGGUGCACCAGUGGUUGAACCGGGGGAUCACCUGUUCUGGUUCAACCGCCCACGUCUUCUCCUCUUUUUGAUUCAUCUUGUUCUCUUUCAGAAUGCAUUUGAACUCGCAUUUUUUGCUUGGAGUACCUAUGAAUUCUCAAUAGACUCUUGCUUCCACCGAGGCACUGCGGCUAUUGUCAUUAGACUUACAGUGGGGGUUGUCAUUCAAGUUCUGUGCAGCUAUGUGACCCUGCCUCUUUACGCUCUAGUCACCCAGAUGGGUUCAAGCAUGAAGCCAACCAUUUUCAACGAGAGAGUAGCAACCGCACUGAAGAACUGGCACCACGCCGCCAGGAAGAACGUGAAAGAAAGCAAGCACUCGUUGUUAUCAGAGUCAGUGACUCCAUUCUCAAGCAGACCAGCCACCCCAACCCAUGGCAUGUCUCCGGUUCAUCUUCUGCGCAACCACCCUUUGAGAAGCACUGAAAGUGCCCACACUUCUCCCAGGGCUUCUUCUUCGAGCUAUCAUGACAACGACCAUUGGGACAUUGAAGCUUCAUCGCCCUCCCCUACCCGCUACCCCGACGAUCAGGCCGUUUCGGAGCCCACCGGUACUGCUUCUAAUUUCCCCCCACCGCCUCAACAUGAGAUUACCAUCGCCUUAUCUGACUUUUCUUUUGACAAGCGUCAUAUGGAUAGAGACUAACCCACCAACGUCUAUAUACCUGUAAAAUCCAUGCAUGCCCUGCUGUAUCUCAACAUGAAGGGGCGUUUCAAAUUUCUUGUAAAACUUUUUUUGAUCCGUGUACAUCAUCAAGGAUCGAGCUUCCUUGCCUUCAAUUUGUGGCUGAAGAUUUCUUGGGA